UUAUAUUGGGUCUCUAAGAUUUAGGUAGUAUCCUGCUAGUCAUUUCCUAAUAGCAUGACCUUGGGCAAGUCUAAGUCACUUAAUAUAAGCCUUAGUUUGUUUAUUUUUUAAAAUGGAUAUAUUUUAUUCUGCCCUCCUCAGAGUUACUUGGGGAUGGGACAAUAUAUAUGAUAGUGUUUUAGAAACAUGGUUUCCUACACAAGCAUAUUCACUGAGUAACUUGUUUCUUAGUUUUUUUUCACCCCUACCAAGUUAUAUGUAUGUACUUUUUCCUAUUUUGAUUAUAAAUUUAAUGCAUUCUUGUAGAAAGUCUGGAAAAUACAGAAAACUUUAAGAAGAAAAUAGAAAUCUGAACAGUGCAUCAUCCCGUUUUCAUGUUUUUAUGGGAAAUUUAGUUUUGAGGCUGAGUUCUCUGAAGGAUGGCUUAAAUUCCUUGGUCCUUGAUUUGGAUUUUCCUGCUUUGAGGAAAAACAAGAAUAUAGAUAAUUUCUUAAACAGAUAUGAGAAAAUUGUGAAAAAAAUCAGAGGUCUACAGAUGAAGGCAGAAGACUAUGAUGUUGUAAAAGUUAUUGGAAGAGGUGCUUUUGGUGAAGUCCAGUUGGUUCGUCAUAAAGCGUCACAGAAGGUUUAUGCUAUGAAGCUUCUUAGUAAGUUUGAAAUGAUUAAAAGAUCAGAUUCUGCUUUUUUCUGGGAAGAAAGAGAUAUUAUGGCCUUUGCCAACAGUCCCUGGGUGGUUCAGCUCUUUUGUGCUUUUCAAGAUGAUAAGUAUCUGUACAUGGUAAUGGAGUACAUGCCUGGUGGAGACCUUGUAAACCUUAUGAGUAACUAUGAUGUACCUGAAAAAUGGGCCAAAUUUUAUACUGCUGAAGUUGUUCUUGCCCUGGAUGCCAUACACUCCAUGGGCUUAAUUCACAGAGAUGUGAAGCCUGACAACAUGCUUUUGGAUAAACAUGGACAUCUAAAAUUAGCAGAUUUUGGCACAUGUAUGAAGAUGGAUGAAACAGGCAUGGUGCAUUGUGAUACAGCAGUUGGAACACCUGAUUAUAUAUCACCCGAGGUUCUAAAAUCACAAGGGGGCGAUGGCUACUAUGGGCGAGAAUGCGAUUGGUGGUCUGUGGGUGUUUUCCUUUUUGAGAUGCUGGUGGGGGAUACUCCAUUUUAUGCAGAUUCACUUGUAGGAACAUAUAGCAAAAUUAUGGAUCAUAAGAACUCACUAUGUUUCCCUGAAGAUGCAGAAAUCUCUAAACAUGCGAAGAAUCUCAUCUGUGCCUUCCUAACAGAUAGGGAGGUACGACUUGGGAGAAAUGGGGUAGAAGAAAUCAAACAACAUCCUUUCUUUAAGAAUGAUCAAUGGAAUUGGGAUAACAUAAGAGAGACGGCGGCUCCAGUAGUACCUGAACUCAGCAGUGACAUAGACAGCAGCAAUUUUGAUGACAUUGAAGAUGAUAAAGGAGAUGUAGAAACCUUCCCAAUUCCUAAAGCUUUUGUGGGAAAUCAGCUGCCCUUUAUAGGAUUUACCUACUACAGAGAAAAUUUGUUAUUAAGUGACUUUCCAUCUUGUAGAGAAAAUGAUUCAGUACAAUCAAGAAAAAAUGAAGAAAGUCAAGAGAUUCAGAAAAAACUGUACACAUUAGAAGAACACCUUAGCACUGAGAUACAAGCCAAAGAGGAAAUAGAGCAGAAGUGCAAAUCUGCUAAUACUCGCCUAGAGAAAGUAUCAAAGGAACUAGAAGAAGAGAUUACCUUAAGGAAAAAUGCGGAAUCAGCAUUAAGACAAUUAGAAAGAGAGAAGGCACUUCUUCAGCACAAAAAUGCAGAAUAUCAGAGGAAAGCUGAUCACGAAGCAGACAAGAAACGAAAUUUGGAAAAUGAUGUUAACAGUUUAAAAGAUCAACUUGAAGAUUUGAAAAAAAGAAACCAGAGCUCUCAAAUAUCCACUGAGAAAGUGAAUCAGCUCCAGAAACAACUGGAUGAAACCAGUGCUUUGCUGCGAACAGAGUCUGAUACUUCAGCCCGGUUAAGAAAAAGCCAGGCAGAAAGUUCAAAACAGAUUCAGCAGUUGGAAUCUAACAACAGAGAUCUACAAGAUAAAAAUUGCCUGUUGGAGACUGCCAAGUUAAAACUCGAAAAGGAAUUUAUCAAUCUUCAGUCGAUUCUAGAAUCUGAAAGGAGGGACCGAACCCAUGGAUCCGAGAUAAUUAAUGAUUUACAAGGUAGAAUAUCUGGCCUAGAAGAAGAUGUAAAGAAUGGCAAAAUCUUAUUAGCAAAAGUAGAGAUGGAGAAGAGACAACUACAGGAGAGAUUCACUGAUUUGGAAAAGGAGAAGAACAACCUGGAGAUAGAUAUGACAUACCAGCUGAAAGUUAUACAGCAGAGCUUAGAACAAGAAGAAGCCGAGCACAAGACUACAAAAGCACGGCUGGCAGAUAAAAAUAAGAUCUACGAAUCCAUUGAAGAAGCCAAAUCAGAAGCCAUGAAAGAAAUGGAAAAAAAGCUCUUGGAGGAAAGGACUUUAAAACAGAAAGUGGAGAACCUAUUGCUGGAAGCUGAGAAAAAAUGCUCUAUAUUAGACUGUGACCUCAAACAGUCACAGCAGAAAAUAAAUGAACUCCUUAAGCAGAAAGAUGUGCUAAAUGAAGAUGUUAGAAACUUGACAUUAAAAAUAGAGCAGGAAACUCAAAAGCGCUGCCUCACACAAAAUGACUUGAAGAUGCAAACACAGCAAGUUAACACACUAAAAAUGUCAGAAAAGCAGUUAAAACAAGAGAAUAAUCAUCUCAUGGAAAUGAAAAUGAACUUGGAAAAACAGAAUGGUGAACUUCGAAAAGAACGUCAAGACGCGGAUGGGCAAAUGAAAGAGCUCCAAGAUCAGCUUGAAGCAGAACAGUAUUUCUCCACCCUCUAUAAAACACAGGUUAGGGAACUGAAAGAAGAGUGUGAAGAAAAGACCAAACUUUGUAAAGAAUUACAGCAGAAGAAACAGGAACUACAGGAUGAAAGGGACUCCUUGGCUGCACAGCUGGAGAUCACCUUGACCAAAGCAGAUUCUGAGCAGCUGGCUCGUUCAAUUGCUGAAGAACAGUAUUCUGAUUUGGAGAAAGAGAAAAUCAUGAAAGAGCUGGAGAUCAAAGAGAUGAUGGCAAGGCACAAACAGGAACUCAGUGAGAAAGAUGCUACAAUUGCAUCCCUUGAAGAAACUAACAGGACACUAACUAGUGAUGUUGCCAAUCUUGCAAAUGAGAAAGAAGAAUUAAAUAACAAAUUGAAAGAUGCCCAAGAACAACUAUCAAGGUUGAAAGACGAAGAGAUAAGCGCAGCAGCUAUUAAAGCACAAUUUGAGAAGCAGCUACUAACAGAGAGAACACUCAAAACUCAAGCUGUGAAUAAGUUGGCUGAGAUCAUGAAUCGAAAAGAACCUAUCAAGCGUGGUAGUGACACAGAUGUGCGGAGAAAAGAGAAGGAGAAUAGAAAGCUACAUAUGGAGCUUAAAUCUGAACGUGAAAAAUUGACCCAGCAGAUGAUCAAAUAUCAGAAAGAACUGAAUGAAAUGCAGGCUCAAAUAGCUGAAGAGAGCCAGAUUCGAAUUGAACUACAGAUGACACUGGACAGCAAGGACAGUGACAUUGAGCAGCUGCGGUCACAGCUCCAGGCCUUACACAUGGGUAUGGACAGUUCCAGCAUAGGCAGUGGACCAGGGGACGCUGAGGCAGAUGAUGGCUUCCCAGUUCAUAUCACUCAGUCACACACUAUGGAAUCCAUGUCAUUCACCUACCAACGUUCCUCUGCCUCUCUCAGUAUUGCCACUAAGCCUUCCAGCUCUCAUGUGCUUCUUGGCUCUGAUUCUGACUCAGAAGAAGAAUCUUUGCCUUACUUACCUAUUUCAUCGGAACCUAGUGAUACAGAGUCAAGACUAGAGGGAUGGCUCUCAUUGCCUGUGAGAAACAACACUAAGAAGUUUGGGUGGGUUAGAAAGUAUGUGAUCGUCAGCAGUAAGAAGAUUCUUUUCUAUGACAGUGAACAGGAUAAAGAACAUUCUAAUCCUUACAUGGUUUUAGAUAUAGACAAAUUGUUUCAUGUCCGACCAGUUACACAGACAGAUGUAUACAGAGCAGAUGCUAAAGAAAUUCCAAGGAUAUUUCAGAUUCUGUAUGCCAAUGAAGGAGAAAGUAAGAAGGAACAAGAAUUUCCAGUGGAGCCAGUGGGAGAAAAGUCAAAUUAUAUUUGCCACAAAGGACAUGAAUUUAUUCCUACUCUCUAUCAUUUCCCAACCAACUGUGAGGCUUGUAUGAAGCCCUUGUGGCAUAUGUUCAAACCUCCUCCUGCUUUGGAGUGCCGUCGCUGCCAUAUUAAAUGUCAUAAAGACCACAUGGACAAAAAGGAGGAGAUUAUAGCUCCUUGCAAAGUGUAUUAUGAUAUUUCAACGGCAAAGAAUCUGUUGAUAUUAGCAAAUUCUACAGAAGAGCAGCAAAAGUGGGUUAGUCGGUUGGUGAAAAAGAUACCUAAAAAGCCUCCAGCUCCAGACCCUUUUGCACGGUCGUCUCCUAGAACUUCAAUGAAGAUACAGCAAAACCAGUCUGUUAGACGGCCAAGUCGACAGCUUGCCCCAAAUAAACCAAGCUAACUGCCUUCUAUGAACGCAUCCAUUAUUCAAGGUGAUCCUGUUCUUCCAGUUAAAACAAGACUGAAAUAUGAUGGCCCAAAAUUUAUUGAGAAGCUGUAUUUUCCUGAGAGACUGAUACACACACAUACAUAUUCCCUUUAUUCCUGCAACAUAAAUUAUAAAUCUUGGGAGAGAUUUUUCUAGGCUCCUUUGGAGCAACAGGUUGAACUAACAGUGACUUGUUAAUAGUAUAGGGACAUCAUAUGCGGCUCUUCCAAACUUGUUCCAUAAAGCUCUCUUGGCAGUCACUCACACUACAUUGCACAGAAGGAUUCAGGAGAGUUCAAGAAAUCACCUUUUCAGCUUCAACAGAGAGGUUUCACCAGCAUACUCACCGUAAGAAUCGGGGACGGAUUUCACUACAGUGAUACAGACUGCAUCUUUGAGAAGUGACCAUUAUACUGUGUGUGUGUAUAUGUGUGUGUGUGUGUAUACAUGUACACUCACAUAUAUAGUACUGUAAUACGGCAAGAGGGUUUUUUAAACUUCCCACUUUAUUUUUUUAUACUCAUUAAUCAGCUAUCAUUACUACAGUUGCAACUAUGCACUUGUAUAAAGCCAUAACAUUGGGGUUCAUAUCACUUAUAUGUGUUCCUGAUGGAGCUGCAUGUUCAUGUUAUUGUAACAAAGUUUGAACAAUUAUAUCAGUUUCCUAAUGCUUCAUGAUAGGCAACUUUACCCAUGUUGAAUGCCUUAAUUUAAUUUUUUUCAGUCUUAGCCCUUUUCUGUAUUAAAGAACAAGUGUUUACCAGCUCUUAGGAUGCAAAUUUGCUUUGCAGAAGAAAAUAGUGCACUAUUUUUACACGUAAUAGUUAUCAGUGUCAGCCUAUUUUGAUUGUAUAACAGAAUUUUUUAAAGUAUUGGUGAUAGAAACAAUAAUGGAUAGUAUUAGAACUAAUAUAUCUUUUAUGUAUAUUAUUCAUCCAAGCCUUUUUACAGACCUCAGUAUUAGUGCGUGACUAUGAAAUGUUUCCUUUGCUUGGAAUUUGCUGACAGCCCUAGAUACGUUUUUAUUCCUGGUAAGUACAUUUGUGACUGUUUUUACAUUUCACACUCAGCAUUCAAAAAUUAUCUCAAAUAUAAAGAAAACUAAAAUAUACUCUAGAUAUAUUUUAAGUAUUUAAAUGUGAGCCCUUAAACACACAAUUGUGUAUGGCAAUAUUUCAGUGUUGGGUUUGAAAACUGGUGACUGGGAAGUGGCCUCAGAGGCACUUAACUUUUUAAUUCUUGAAAUGCUGUGGAAGUUACAGCGUGUGCAGGACCAUUCCUGCUGUAUUUCUCAUCCCACAAAGUGUAUAUCCUAUGCUGCGACAGUAUGCAUCAUGAGAAGCAUCGAGUAAAAAAAUUGUGUAGUCUUUUAUCGGUCUCUGUAUACAUACAACACAUACACAGUUUGGUGUGAUACUGAAAUACAUCAUCUGAUAUUUCAGUGAAGGAACUGAGACAUUUUUCAUUGUUCCCUCGGCGGUCAGUGUGGAGAUGUUUAAAGUUAGGUCCCCAGUUACAGAUCCUGUUGUGGAAACUGAGGAGUGGCCUGUGGCUCCUAAUGCUGAAACUGCCUCUCACUAUGCUUCCAGGGUCCAGCCUGCACUCUCUCACACUGUCUGUGCUGAGACGAGAUGUGGGCGGUCCCUCGCAGGGGUAUUCUGCAGUUCCGGUUUGGGGGCACAGAUUUUUUUUUUUAAAGUAAGAUUUAAAAAUGAAAAAUAUAUAAAAUUUAUAUAGAAUAAAUAUUUCCAUUCAUUAGACUUGUUAAAAGGAGACUGAAUUAAUAUUUUAUAUAAAGAUUUUGUUACACUAUGGGAGGUUCUAUCAUAUUAUUCUGAAUUGGAGAGUAUAUAUAUAUAUUUUUAAUAAACUUUAUUAAGGUGAAAUAAUUUGAAGUUUACACAUGAGUAAUUGACAUAUUUGAGUAAAAAUGGCAAAAGUUUAAAUUUUGAAGCUGUAUAUAUUAGAGAAUGUGGAGAAUCAUGGUGUGAUGCAACUAUAGAGGAAGAUCAGUGUGAUUCCGGGGGGGGGGAUAUUCUAAGGGGUGAAAAAAAUCUCUCCCAUGGAGAUUAUUCACAUUAUGUGGCUUGACAUAAGGAUUUAUAAGGUUGUUUGUCCAACAGUGGGAAUGUAAAGGAUUCUGACCUUGGGUAAGAAUUUGCUUUUUACCCUGUUGCUGGUUUCAUGUACAUACAUGAAUGAUGCCUGCACUCACCCAAAUGUUCUCUUUCCAGUACUCAUUAAAUGUGAUUCUGACUUGGUUAAACAACCAAAUUUUGUGCCAGCUUCUCUUUCUUGAGGCUCUAAAGCUUCCACAAUAAAUAUAAGACCAAAAGAGGCCUCUUUCCUCACACCUUAUUUCUCCUAGAGCCAUAAAUACCUCCUACUGAGAACUAAGAAGUAGUGAAAACUGGGAUUUUCUUAGUUGGAUUUUUGUACUUUCGCGGGGAUAGCUAGACGAGUAGAAGUAAAAUUGGUAUUACUGUUGAAAAUUAGUGUAUUUUUGAAAAGUAUUUAAAAAAUGCUAUCUAGAAGCAAGAAUUUUUUAAAAACCUAUCUGAACAUUUAAAAUGCCACAGCUAAAGGAUAUGUGUACCAAUAAAUCUAAAAUGCAGGUUAGUGUUUUUAAAGCUAACCUGCACUUAGAGCUACAGGAAUCUGGCUCUGCAGGAUCUCCUUCCUCUGUCUGUCGGCAGGUCCUGAGGAGAAGUGCUCUAGGUUGCCAGCCACAGUUUAGGAAGUUAUGCUGCUGCUGAUCUGCUCUCCUGGGUUUCUGGUGGUGAGACAGGGAACUUAGGCACUGUUACCUUGCAGAAGCUUUAAGGAACAUGGUUUUAAAAUUCUGAUGAGAGGAGGUCACAUCUGUUUCUUAGUCUGUGUGGACACUGCUACUGACUCACCUGUCCUUCCUGGGAUAAGGCCUCAGUUUCCCCAGGUUGGGAAGACACCGUGGCUGAUUCAUAAAGCACUUUGAAGACAGGUGCUGUGUGACAGUGCCGAAUAUUAUGCUGGGGGGACUGUCCGCUCCUUCAUUCCCUUCCCCAUGAUGGGUUUUGUUUGAAGUUGUAAUAAGUUAUGAACUGCAUGGUUUAGAUAAUCAUAAAUGUUUGAUCAGCUGUCCCCUUUGAACAAAAAUCAUAUCCCCCGAUUUUCCUUUUUUUAAAAUUUGUUGCAUCUUUGUAGUAAUGUAAUUGUAUUUUAUGCCUGCUUUUUAUAUUAAAAAAAUAAAUAAUUAAGACAUAA